AUGGACAUCUCUGGCUCAACUUCCCUUUCCUCCUCCCCUUCUCCUUCCUAUACUUUUCCCAUUCUCCCUAAUCUCUCCCUUCCCUCUUCCUCUCCCUCUCUCUCCCCAUCCCCAAGUGUAGCUUCCACUGCUCUCUUCUGCCUUUUCCUAUCACUCCUUUCUCUGCUGGGCAUUUUGGGAAACCUGUACACUCUAGGGCUUCUCAUUCACCGCAGGACAUCAAGAAGGCGGCAUACAGCUCCUGCCUGUUGUUACAGCCCCUCCUGCUUUGGCUCCUCCUCUCCCUCCUCUUCUCCUACCUCUUCCUCUUCCUCUUCCUCCCUUCACCUGCAGGUUCUGAGUCUGGCUUUGGCAGACCUGGUGUACCUCUCCACUGUCCCGUUCAUUGUGUAUGACAGCUUAGCGUCUGACUGGGCCUUUGGUGAACUAGGCUGCCGGCUCCUACUCAGUCUGGAUUUGCUCACCAUGCACGCAUGCAUCUUCACCCUCACUGCUAUGAGUCUGGACCGUUAUCGAGCUGUGGCUGACCCACUGGCAGCCUCCUCAUCACCUUCGUCUGGACUGCUGAGAAUAGCUUUGGCCUGGGGCUUUGCCGUGGCCCUCACUUUGCCCAUGAUGAUCACUCUGCACCUUGAAGAUGGAGAGAACCAUGAAGGCAAGUUGUGCGUGCCAGCUUGGGAUGAGCAGAGUUCGAAAACCUACCUCAGUGUUCUCUUCUGCACCAGUAUUCUGGGCCCAGGGCUGGCCAUUGGAGCUUUGUAUGCAGCCUUGGGAAGGCUCUACUGGGUAUCUCAGACGCAGCCAGCCUGGGCAGGAGGGGGCAAUGCCUACCCGCCCCGUGCACCUCGCCCCAAAGUCCUGCUCCUCAUCCUAGGCAUUGUGCUAACAUUCUGGGCUUGUUUCCUCCCAUUUUGGAUCUGGCAGCUUCUGCCACUUUACCGUCCGGAAGUGCUGCGUGUGGUGCCAGUGGGCACGCAGGUGACCAUCAAUCGUAUCCUCACAGGAUUAACUUAUGGAAACUCAUGUGUGAAUCCGUUCUUUUACACACUACUGACGGGAAAGCGCAAACAGACCAGCAGGAAGGCGACAAGUGCAGCCGCCCCACUCUGCCAGAAGGGCAGCUCUGAUCAACAAUAA